AUGGAUAUCCACUCUAUCCAAUCCGACGAGAUUCUCUCCAAGCUCCCAGUGGUCCAAGGUGCAUCUUUCGAUUCCCAUGCCAAUGAACACGAGACCCGAUGUCAUCCUCUCACUCGCGUCAAGAUUCUGGGGGAGAUUGAAAAAUGGGCCCAGGAACCGGAAGGACGACGAAUAUAUUGGCUUUGCGGUAUGGCAGGCACCGGCAAAUCUACAAUUUGCAGAACCGUUGCCCAUCAUCUGACAAGUUUGAACAUUGUAACCGCCAGUUUCUUCUUCAAGAAGGGUGACAACGAUCGAGACAAGUCAAGCGCUCUUUUCACCACCAUUGUGAAACAGCUUGUCGAGCAUUUGCCAAAAGAAAUGGCGUCGCAUGUCAAGAAAGCCUUACAGGAUAAUCCAAGCAUAGGCGAUAAAAUGCUAAGCAAACAAUUCGAAAAGCUCAUAUUGGAGCCAUUGCAAAGCUGCAGAACUCUGCCACCAGUCAUAGUUGUCGUACUGGACGCCCUCGACGAGUGCGAAGAUCAGGCUAGUGCUGCAAAAAUCAUUGAACUUCUACCGAGCAUCGAAAAUCUAUCUUCUACUUGCUUCAAAGUCUUGGUUGCCAGCAGGCCAGAGUGUCAUCUCAGAACAUCGUUUGCCAAGCUGGAAUGCAAAUAUCAUGAAUUUCUUCAUUAUGAGGCACUUCAUGAAGUUGCGGAUGAGGAGAUCCGAAAGGACAUUGCUGUCUUCUUGGAGUCCCAACUAGGGCAGAUCAGAGACAAUCACAACCUUACCAACUUACCACUAUCCGCAGAUUGGCCGUCAGAAUCCCUUGUUAAAGCUCUUGUCAACAUCUCGGUGCCUCUAUUCAUUUUGGCGGCAACUGCGUGCCGAUUUAUUGGUGAUAAAGAUCUCGGCGCCCCUAAGAAGUUGGCCCAGGAAUUUCUGCAACAUCAUCGGCGGCUUGGUAAAAUGAAUCAUCUUGCUAGGACAUACCUUCCCAUUCUAGAGCAAUUGCUUGUUAAUCGCAAUGGAGCCGUGCCAGAAAGUCGCUCAAAAGGAGAGAAAGAACAAAUUAUUGAAGAAUUUCGCCGAGUUGUUGGUACAAUUGUGCUUCUUGAAGCGCCUUUAUCAAUCACAUCACUCUCAGAAUUACUUCAAAUGGACCCAGGGGAUGUCAAUUUCCGGCUCUCGGGUUUGAACUCUGUUCUGAAUAUCCCCAAAGACUCUGACAGCCCGGUCAAGCUAUUUUAUCUGUCGUUUCGCGAUUUCCUGGUUGGGUCCGGUGAUCAAGAUCAGAUUCAUGAUUUCUUGGUAGAUGAGCGAGAAACACAUGCCAACCUAGCUCGCCAGUGUAUUGCAUUGCUUUCGAGGGAUGACAAUCUCAAACAAGACAUCUGUGAACUUAAUCACCCGGGGAAACUAAGGUCCAACAUUGACCAGGGCGCAAUCGACAAUCACUUACCUCCACAUGUUCGGUACGCAUGUCUGCACUGGGUCUUCCACUUAAAAGAGAGCCGGGGCCACAUACGCGUUGGUGAUGAAACCCAUCGCUUUCUGGCCAAGCACCUGAUUCACUGGCUUGAGGCACUCAGUCUACUGGGCUGCAUUGCUGAGAGCAGAGCUAUGGUGGAUAGUCUCGCAGCCAUGGUUGAUGUAUCAUUCGGUCUCCUGCGCGAUACCAAACGAUUCAUAGGUGCUUAUCAAUAUAUUAUGGACGUAGCGCCACUGCAGAUAUACUCUUCCGCCCUGAUUUUUGCGCCGAAAAGGUGCGAGUUUCGACGAUGCUUCGAAGAGGAGGCAGUUCCCAAGCGGAUAAAACAUCAACCUACUGUCCCGAUGGACUGGGAUUUGUGCAUCCAGACCUUAGAAGGCCACAGAGAAAACAUAAAUCAAGCCGUCUUAUCACCAGACUCGUCGCUCAUCGCGUCGCGCGGUUGGGAUAAAGUUUUAAUCUGGCGAAGCCACACUGGAACUUGUAUUCAUGAAAUUGACACCUAUGCUAUUGAAAUUGCCAUUUCGUCGCUUUCAUUUUCACAUGACUCUACGUUCCUCGUCUCAUCAUCAGGUGACGGGACACUGCGUGUCUACAGCGUUAGCAGAUACACAUCGCCGGAAAUUGAUGAAGGGACAUACGAGUAUAUUAGCGCUGUUGCAGUCUCACCCGAUUCGUCACUCAUAAUGCUGGGAGCAGGCGGAUACAACGACGUCUGGGAGAUUUUGCGUGUUGAUUCAGGCGUUUGUGUUGAAAAAGUCAACGGGCGCAACCUGCAAAACAAGCCUACCUUCACACAUGACUCAGCCUUGGUAGUGAUCAAAGACGGCGCGGCUGAGAUUUGGCAUCCUGAUGGACGCCAAUCCGUACAGGACCUGAGUGGGCUAGGUUCACAACCAUAUCAAGUUUGUGCAGCCUGUUUCUCAGCAGACUUUACGCUGGCUGCAGGCAUCCUUGAUGACGGAUCUCUGCGGAUUUGGAAAAUGAAUACAGGUGAAUGUAUGCGAGAAGUCAAAUCCGCUGUGCCCUAUAACUCCUACGAUCCAACGACCCUAUGCUUUUCCUCAGACGCAUCUCGAAUAGCAUAUGCCUCGGACAAGGAAACAGAGCUUUUUGUUUGGCAAGUUGGAUUGAACUUACCGGCCCAAAAGUUUGGGUCACGGGGAAAUGUUUGCUGUUUUGCCUUGUCUAACACGAAAGUUGCUGCGGUUAUAAGUUCUAAAGACGUGGAAAUUAGGAUAUGGAGUCUUGAAACAGGUCGCGAGUCGAAGCGAUUGCAUGGCGUUAGAGCUCAGAUACUUGUUUUUUCAUUCGACUCGACGCUCCUAGCAACUUUUUCAACCGAAUCGGUGAUCCUAGAAUCAAGAUAUUCACAAGAGCCAAAUACAAUCCUGAUCUGGAAUGCCGACACUGGUGCUUGUCUGCAGAGCAUUAAUGUUGGGCUGCAGGUUACACACCUAUUCUUUGAACUUAAUAACAAUUCGGGAUUGCGAACCAAUCUUGGUCGAAUCAAGUUCGGAGACUCUACAGCAUUAGGUGAAGAUGCAACUGGUGUUAACCAGUCCCAGCUAUGGUCCUAUGAUAAGCUUGGUUAUCGCAACGAUGAUCAAGGUGUUGAUGCUUCUUGGAUCACAUUCAAUGGAGAGAAUUUACUAUGGCUACCGGCAAAAUAUCGAGGGAGGAGGCAGAUAGUGCGCGCUGUCUCAGAAUCUGUGGUUGCAAUUGCACAUGUAUCUUCUGGACAGCUUGUCAUCAUUGGAUUUGACACUGAAAAGAUCCCUAGAUGGUACCACAAUACGCAUAAAUACUUCAUUUCACAGCGGACAUUGAUAGAAACCCUGUAGUUUUGGAAAAGAAAAGAAAAGUGGCAGGGACUACUUAUUAAUUACUAGUAGCUAUACCAGCG